CCCGCUUUUCGUCCCGAGUCGUUCUUGUUGGCGGUCCUGGGGCCCGUUGAGAGCCGCUGGAGGCCGGAAACGACAACUGGCCACCUCCGAGAAUGUCCGAGACCUCGGAGAUGUCUGGAGAGGUGCGGGUUCAAGCGCCACGAGAUCAACGAGCAGGAGGAGAUCGCGGAGCUGCACACGCGCUUGGCGGCUGCCCGGGCCCGGGAGGAGGCGAGCGCGUGAGCAUGCGCGCGCGGGCCGCGCGAGGCGCUCCCGCGCCCUCGCGCUCCGCAGAGCGCCCAGCCCGCCGCCCCGCCGCGAAGCGCCGAGACGCGGGCGCCGCGCCGCCGCCUCUGCUGCGGCCGCCCCCGGCGGCGGCGGAGGCGGCGGCCAGCGCUGCGGGCAGUGUCGGGCUCCUCCGCUGCGACGGCGGCGACUGCGGA